CGAUCGACAAGCCUAAACUGCCCGAGACGUGUUUCAAAGGGCGACUGCCGAUCUGCGCCGGCCGUCUUCGGCGCCACAAGUGCCCGCGGUGCCCGGGACGCGCGGGAGCAGCCGGCAGGGCCAACGCGGAACUGCCCGCGGCCAGACCCAAACUUUCCCGGCUGCGGAGCUGCCGCGGUGAGCACUCAGCUGCCGCGCCGCCCCCGGGAAGACGCCGAGGGACUUUUGGGAAGGAGGACGGCCCCGGGCACCCAGCCCCAGACCUGCGCUCAAAGUUCGGCCCAGGGCGCGGGAGGCCGCCCGCCGCCGCCCGGCUCCCCCAGCGGGCGUGAGAUGGAGUUGCCAGACUCAAUCACUACUUGCCUUUCUCAAUCUGUGCACUAUGCGGUUUGCAAACUUGGAUUUGAGAAGAAAGACACCUAUGAUAUUAAUAAUAUUUUAUCUGGAAACGGGGAAGUUUGUUGGCAAGCUGUUACAGAGCAUGUGUGUUACCUUGAAUCAGGUCAAAGCGUGGAUUAUAUCAAAAGCAUACGAUCAUUAGGACCUGUCUGUGAAUCUGUUAAUUCAUACUUCAAAUCUUUGACCAAGGAGCAGUUUGUAAUUCAGUAUGCAUCGUGGUUCCACUGGACAAACUGCACAGAGGUAUUUCUGGAAGUGUUUGAUGUUUUACAAUCUACACAAGCUACAGAAGUUGCUCUUGGCCUAAUGAAACUAACAUCAUGCUUGGAGCGAGCCUUGGGUGAUGUGUAUUUACUUAAGGGUAAUGAUUGUCCUUUCCUUCUAAGAGACUUGCUUGCAUCUGAGCAGCUUGCAGAUGUCUUUGGACAAGCUGUAAUGAAUGUACUGAGGGUAUUCAUUGGAUCUCCACAUGGUCUGAACCUUCGUAAUGUUUUGUGGCAUGGAUUUGCAUCACCACAGGAAAUUCCUGCCAAAUACUGUGCUAUGCUGCUCUUUUUAACUGCAGGAUUGGGUCAGUUGUUACAGACUUAUCUUCUGCAAACUAAAGGUGUUUUAGUACAUCGACCUUAUGUGAUCUUCAUUAGCUUACAGGAGCUUGAUGCAUUUCCAGAUCUUAAUAGUGAAAUACUUUCCAUAGCUGAAGAACUUGUAAAACUGUCCAGUUUUGUAUUAAAAAUUAUGUUACCAUUUUGGAUUGCUGCUUUAACAGCUUUCAAGCAAAGCAGGUAUGCUGACAGUGUGAUUCUCUUACUUCCUCAGCUGGAAGCUGGACUUAGAUUGCUCUUCACUACAACUAAUAAGUGUCCAAAUCGAUUGCUAACAGCUGAGUCUUCUGCUCUCUACACCACUUUUGAUGAGAUGCUAGCAAAGCAUUUGGAUAAUGAAGAAGUCAACCAGCUACCUGUAGUUCUUGAAGAGCCUGCCAUGGAAAGUGUUUUGGAAGACUUCCUUUGGGAUUUCUUGAACCACCAGGAGGGCCCACGUAUAAGAGAUCGUUUAAGCCAUGGAGAGAUCAAUCUAGAAACAUUUCCCAGAGAAAUAGCUAACCAAAUAGUUGGAUUUGCUAUUACAAUUCUCUGCAGAUUCUCAGAUGAGGAUGUGUUUUCUCUUAAGGAACACAUGGUCAUAAAACCACUGAUGAAAUGUGCAAGUUGCUACCAAUCUCGAUUUCAUCCAAUUUCCCGACUCAAGAAACAGGUGCUGGAAUGUAUGAAGAGCAUCCAUUUAUGGCCUGAAUUGGCAACAGUGCCUGAGGAACAAGUACAAAAGAUUAAAGGGUUGGAAGGAAAUGCUGAAACUAAUACUUUAAUUUUGAUGGUAUCUGAAAUUAUAUCUCAGUUGCAGCAUUAUACGCCCCAGAAUUGCUGUAGUUCAGACAAUCCUAUCAAUAGUGUCCUAACAGAGAGGCUGCUGGUGGAACUUUGUGAUAGACGCAUUUGCACGCUGUAUUCCCCACGACCUGUCCUGGAAGCAGUGGUGGUACUCCGCAAAAUAAGCGCGCAGUGCCAUCAAGUGUCCCAACAGGUUAUUGCCGGCGCUGGGCUGAGAUACACGCAGUGGCUUAACAAGAGUCUGCGCUCUCGCCAGAGGCACAACUAUGGGCGCAUGCUGAACAGCAUUAAAUUUUUGUCUCCAGUGUUGCGGCUCAUCUUACUAUUGGUUACUCUGGAACUAGUCAGUGUUCAUUCAGUUUCUAAGAAGAAUCCUUUUGAUUAUCAGCAGUAUCUAAAGUUUUUGAAGUCAGUCUUGCAGUACACUGAGAACUUGGUCACAUACACGAGCCCUGACAAAAACAAGUGGGAUGAAACCAUGGAACUUACAAAGAAGACUUUGAUAAAAAUAAAGAAAAUCAGUGACAGAAAGCUAAUGUUAAUGCAUCUAGCUACGUGAAUGAAAUGGGCUUAUGAUUGUCUGGAUUUUGUUAGAUCUAAACAGUUACAGAGACCUCAUAUUUAAUAAAUCUAAUUCAAAGACAAAUUUCAUAAGUCAUUUUCAAAUUUUGGAUGCAAAAUUUACUCUUUUUAUCAGAAGGUAGCCGCUGAUACUGGAGAUGAAUGAUCAAGGUUCCAGAGAACGGGUGUUUGCAUUAUCCACUGAAAAAGAUUUGCUAUGAACUAAAUCAGGAUGAUACAAGUUCUAUUGUAAAUAUAUCUUGUGUUUUGUACAUUGCUUGUUCUUAUAUUUUUUGUAAAUUUUUUUUGUUCUUUACUGUACUGAAAAAUACCUAAGAAAAAAGUGUGAAUAAAAAGCUCUGGAAAUUUUUAAA